AUGAUCUACUCUCUUUUAUUGCUGUCUUUUGGCAGCUUCGUUUCUUCAUAUCCCUUCAAUGAAAUAAGGAAUUUGAACCCCCCACUACGACGCUCUGACGGAGUUGGAUAUGGAUACAUUCCCGCUGCCGACUGUAGCUCUCCAUGCGAAGUCUACUUCAAUGCAGUCACGACCACUUUGACUAUCUCGGCACCAGCACAGACCGUUACAGUUAGCGGUGCUGUGAGCAAUCCCGUUACGGUCACUUAUUCCCCUGUCACGACAGUCACAACAAUCCAGCCCUCAGUUCAGACUCUAACUCUUUACGGCGCCGAGUCAAACUACGUAAUCCCACCGACCAAUAUUGGCUCAGUGAGUCUGCACGCUGAGGGUACUGUUGAAAUGAUAACAGAAGGUCUUGCGGCCAUGCACAUCUCUUUUGAAUCAGAGGUAUUGCUGGUUACGGAAGAUAAUCCCGAGGUCACAUACCGGCCUAUGAACCCAUAUAAGCUGCAGAAUAAUUGUGCUUAUGUUACUAUGGCUCAUUUGUCAAACAUGAGCUUAUUUGAGUUUUUGGGUGCAAAUGAGCUGAUGCAAGACGUAAAUGGUAUUUCAAGCAAUCAGAUACGUGGUAUUUUGGAAGGUUUACCAAACUACACCUGGGCGUACGUAUUGAUAGACGAUUCUCCCUGA